AGAAACACAUUAUAAAACUCCCUCCCAAUCAGGCCGCCCAAGACAACCUCACGGGAGGACAGCGACUUCCGGGGGCGGGGUCUUCCGGCUUUUCCAAUAUGGCGGCGCCCAGUGAAGACGUGAGCUGCGAGGACUUCACUGAGUUUCAGGAGAUUCUCCGGGUGAUGAGAACCAUAGAUGACCGGAUUGUCCAUGAGUUGAACACCACUCUCCCUACUGUCUCCUUUGCUGGGAAAAUAGAUGCCGGUCAGACCUGCAAGCAACUCUAUGAGUCUCUACAGACUGCUCACGCCUCUCGUGACAAAGCCAUAAAGAGAUGCAUAGCCCAGACCUCCACAGCCGUCAAUAGUCUCCAAGGGGAAAGAUUAAAAGACUCUGACAACUUAACGCUAAUUAAGCUGCUGCGAAAAGAGCAGUCUAAGUUGAAAUUUCUGAAGUCAGAACUGAAUGUGGAAGAGGUUGUGAAUGACAGGAGCCGGAAGGUGUUUAAUGAGCGCUGCCGGUUGCACUACAAACCCCCAAAGAUGGAGUAACUCAGGGACACCAAAUCCACUGGUGACAGAAGUGCAUCAUUCAACACAAGACAAGGGGCCCUUGGCAAUAUCAGGGGUCUGAGAAUGUGAAGUGGUGGCACCAGCCAAGGACACGUCUGUGUGUUAAUUCUCUUUAACUCGGUGCAGUGGAACCUUCCGACUUCCUGUAGAUUCAUGAACUGAGAUCAACGCCUGUGAUUUAGAGAAGAAAAAAACCCCACAAUGGCAUUUUGUACCAGAUCUGUGACAAUGUUUUAUAAUCAUUAAAUAUCAUUAUUAGA